UUUAUUGGUAAACAAACAGGUUUCAUAAAAUAAUUCAAUCUGGAUUCUUUUCGGAAUGAAUCGACCAGGCGUUUUUAUAUUGUUCACGUUGAUCGCGUUGGCAACUACCCCGGUCCGCAGUCAUUUACGUUAUGAUACUCCAGUUAACGUUGUUGGAGCUCUGAAAGAUCGUCUAGAAUGGGGGCAACAGCACUCUUAUGCCUUGGAAGAAUUUUCAAAAUUUAAGAUGAAUUUUAUGGGGAAGAAACACCUUGCAUCUUUGUUGGGAGACAAAGAAAAUACAACUAUAUGCGCCGAAGAUUUAUUGCAAUUAAUUGGGGAUACAAUUCACUUAAAGGGAUAUGCUUUCAAAAUGUUGGAUUCAUGGGGAAAGUUAGACAGCGGGAUUGCGACUGGUAAUUUAAUGUGGCUUGGAAGAUAUUAUGAAUGUUUGGCACAAUCCACAGAUAAAUUCAAUGGAAAAUACUGUGGGAUGACUGUCGGUAAAGCAGAUUCUGCAUCUUUUGGAAUGGGAUCAAGAACAUCGCUUCUAUUUGGAACAUGCCUCCCUGAUAGUUGUUCUACAAAAGAUUUUAACGAUCUUUUUGCACCGUUGGGGAAAGUAAUCAAGCAACCAGUCAGUGCCUAUUGUCCAGUACAGCGGACAAAAUACAAAGCUACAGACAUUAUAGCAAUAUUUAUCAGUUGUUUCCUUGGAUCACUGGUCAUUUUAGCCUCAAUAUAUGACUUUUAUUUAACUGUGAGACCAGUUCAAGGAUAUGAUCAAUUGCUGUUCGACAACCAAGAAGUACAUGAGAUCGAAAAUAGCAAUCCAUCGGUGCUAAAGCAACUCAUCUUGUCAUUUUCAAUUAUCAAAAAUACCAAGGCGUUGCUCGAUACAAGUCAAAAAGAUGGAAAUAUUAAUGUUCUACAUGGAAUAAGAUUCUUGAGUAUGACGUGGGUUAUACUCGGGCACACAUUUCUCUUUAGUCCAUCUUAUAUUGACAAUCCAGUGGAUUACGCUCAAUACUACAUCACGAAAGGCAGUUUUCAAGCGGUUGGAAAUGCUUUCUUUUCUGUUGAUUCCUUCUUCUUCCUCAGUGGAUUACUCGCAACGUAUCUCGGAAUGAGGGAAAUGCGGAAACGGAAUGGUCGACUCAGUGUCUUAUUACCAUAUUUAUAUAGAUAUUUAAGAUUGACUCCAGCUUAUGGCUUUUGUAUACUCAUUACUACAAGCUUGUAUUCAAAGAUGGGACAGGGACCGCUGUGGCCAAUUGUUACUGAAAGUUUUCGGAAGCCAUGCGAAAAUCAUUGGUGGACAAAUUUCUUAUAUAUCAACAACAUGUACCCAAUCAAUAUGGGUGAUUCGUGUUUCGGCUGGGGAUGGUACUUGGCAAAUGACACUCAAUUCUUCUUAUUAUCACCAUUCAUACUCUGGAUCUUGUUCAAGUCUCCAAUUAUUGGGAUGAGUAUACUUGGACUUGGUACCGUUGCAAGUAUGUCAAUCACUGGUGGAAUAUCCAGUCAUUAUGAACUACAACCUCAAUCUCUCGGUGUGGCAGUUUUAUGCCAUUCGAUUUUUUCUACAACAAAUCCAAAUAACUCGAGUUUACCGAUGUUUUCUGCGCACAAUUCAUAUAACGAUGAGAUUACAACUGCCGCUCCCACUGGGCCACCAGUUCCUAGUAAAGCUGAUAUGUUUUGGUCAGACAUUUACGAAAAACCGUGGUGCAGAAUCGGAGUCUACUUCAUUGGAAUGGUAACCGGAUAUAUCCUGUACACCAAAAAGUUGAAAAUUCACAUGAAUAAGAUAUUCGUUCUUGUGAUGUGGAUGGCGAUAACGGCUAUCGCAUUAGCAGAUGUCUAUGGACAAACUGGAAAUGUGAUUGAAGGCCGAUUAAUGCCAGUAGGUGUCGCUGCAUUUUACAACGCAAUAUCAAGACCUCUAUGGGGAUUGUGCCUUGCUUGGCUAGUCAUUGCUUGCUCAAGUGGAUACGGGGGUCCUAUCAACAGUUUUCUGAGCUGGAAAUUAUUCAUUCCACUGAGUCGUCUUACAUACUGUGCCUAUCUUGUUCAUCCACUAGUUAUUGAAUGGUUGUAUGGAACAGUGGAAGUGACGUGGCAUUUUAGCAUUCCAGAUACGGCGGCCAAAUUUAUAGCUAUUACGUCUCUGGCGUAUGCAAUUGCCUACGUUGUAUCCGUGUUGAUCGAAAUGCCCAUGGUGGGAAUCAUCAAAGCAAUACUUCGUGGUGGUAAUCAACAACCCAGAGUUCCUAAUCAUACUACAGCGUUAGUGAAUGAAGCAACAGAAAAUCAUUCUAAAGCUUGAUUCUGUAUUUACUUUGUUUAGUUUUACAUUUGUGUUUGCUUGCUGUUUAUGUUAUCUCGCACUGAACACUAUUAUUAUGUUAAUAUUAUACUAUGUUUUCCAACAACAUUUUAGGUAUUAGAACCAUUAGUUACAAAUAUCAUUUUACGAAACUCAUAAACUUGAUGGCACGUUACGAGUGCCAACUUUGUUCAAUAGUCCAGUGCAAUAAGAAAAUUGUAUUUGAAGCGAUAUUUUGCAUACCUAUUAAAGCUUUUUAUUGCUGGUUGUAAUAUUGUAGGAUAAUUGUUCUUUUUUACUUUUAUUUCUUUGACGAGUAACGUAUUUUCACUUAUUACUGAUGCAAUUUUGAUGAUCUUUAUACUCUUAAUCACAAAGCUGUAAAAUGAUGCAAAGCAAAUACAAUGGCAAAAUAAAAUGGUUUUGAACUGA